AGAUGAAAAACAGCAGAAACAUCCAGAGUUGUCAUCAGUUGCAAUCCAUACGUGAUUCUGUGCAAAUCGUGAGGGAAAAUUUAUUGAAAAAAAAAUAUUAUGGCUCUUUUUCAAUACCUUUUUGGACUUUUUGUGAUCUGUGUGAGGAUUACAAGUGGAAUUUCAUUAGAGGAAUCCGAUACAGACCUUUUCGUUGGAUCCCUUGAGGAUUCAGAUGGACCUACUCAUGAGCAUCAGCGCUCCUACUAUCAGACCACGUGUGUUGGUUUUCAAAAUUGCGUGCCACUCUCAAAGUGCCCAGAUUUGCACUAUGAUGCUGCAAAAGCAUGCUACUUUGGCGACAAAUCAUUUUUCUGUGGCUCUUCCGGAUCUGAGCCCAUGAUCUGUUGUCCCAGAGUUGGUGAAAACCCAGAUACUAAUCCCGACGUAUCUGCACCCAUUAAUAUAGAUUGUGGAAAAAGUCUAGUGAGAGGGCAAUUCUAUAAAGGAUUGGGAGCAUUUCCGUUUGUUGCUCGAGUUGGAUUUAAAAAUUUAAAUUCUGGAAGUAUGGCUUACCCAUGUACUGGUUCAAUUAUCACGAGAAGAGUAAUCCUCACUGCUGCUCAUUGUGCUCUAGCAAAAGCCGAUGGUCACAGACUAUCUUCAGUGCGAAUUGGUGAAUAUGAUGCAUCUCGUGAUCCAGACUGUGCUGGAUCUGGUUUUUGUGCUCCACCGGCCCUGAAUCACGCAAUAAGUCACGUAGUUGUUCAUCCAGAUUAUGAGGCCGGAAAGUAUCACCAUGACAUAGCCCUUUUAAUUUUACGAACACCAAUUAACUUCACUGUUGCUGCUCAACCCCUUUGCCUUUACCCUGAUCGAACUAAUCUAAUUGUGGGAAAACGCGGAACAAUCGUUGGAUGGGGAAAAUUAUCAUCGGUGGGUGUAAAGAGCUCAGAGAUGCAAUUUCUAGAUGUUCCGCUUGCCCCAUGGGAUCUCUGCCUAAAAGUCUACAGUACAACAGGAGCCCUAGAAUCCCCAAAAUCCAUUGAGGGUCAAUGGCUUUGUGCUGGGGGAGAAAGUCGUGAUGCAUGUCAAGGAUUUGGAGGGGCUCCCCUGGUAAUUCGUGAUGAUAAUGUUUACAAUCAAAUUGGGAUCAUGUCCUUUGGUUCCGAUAGCUGUGGAAGUCCCAAAGUUCCUAGUGUCUACACCUCCAUAUCAUUCUUCUAUCAAUGGAUACAGGACAACAUUCCCGUAGAGUAGUUUAGAAAAACAAAAAAAAACCCUUACGACAGCAUCAAUGAAAAUCCAUUCAUUCAAAAUUGAGAGUCCAAAAAAUAUAAGAAAAUUUUUUAUCAAUGAUUUUUUUCUAAUUCUUUCAUAAAAGCAAUUUUUAUAUUCUUAUAGAAUUUACAUAAUAAUAUUUACAUCAUAUUUGUUUUCUUAUUUUACAUAUUGGAUUUAUCUUUUUUUAACAUUUAUGUGGGAUGCGUAGGACGUAUCAAAUUAUUGGAAUGACAAUGCAAGCAAUAAAAUUAAUCAUAAAAAGGAAAUAAAAUUUGACUGUGAGAAUUCAAACAGGUUUUAGUCAAAAACAA